AUGAACCCAUCAUCUCACUUCUCCCGACUAUCUCAAACACAACGUCAACCCAUCUCAAGAUUAUUCCACAAAUACUCGCAAACCAAAAUGCCUCUUGUCGUUCCUGGAAUCAACAACACCGGUGGCAGCAAGGACGAAUGGCUUAACAAGCUCGUCGGGAAGAAGAUUAGCGAGUCUUCGGAUGCUACUUCGUUCGCGAAGAAGGAUCUCCCCGAGACUCACCGGAUUGUGAAGCCGGGCAGCAUGCAGACGAUGGACCACAGACCGGAAAGGUUGAACAUCCACGUCGAUGAGAACGAGAACGUCCGUGAUGUGAACUACGGCUAG